GUUGAAAUCAGAAUUUCCACAGGUUCCAGUCAACAUAUAAAAACUCAAUGAGCAGAGCAAGAGAGAAGUCUCUGAAAACAAAGGCUUACAGGAUCAUGAGACUUUACAUCCUUUUCAGCAUUCUAGUUUCGGCUGUACUUUUCAGCCCACAUGUUGAUGCCAGUCAAGUGAAAUUUGGCUCUCUUUGCAGUGGCAACCCAAGUAACAGUAAAAGAGGAUGUGAUACAAAGUAUGGCUGUGGAAACUAUGGAGCCAGCCGUGACAGUGGCAAGCGCAAACACAUGGGUCUUGACAUUGUGUGUGCUGAUGGAGCCACAGUUUAUGCCCCAUUUGAUGUGAAGUUGAACGGCAAAGCUACACCUUACAAAAAGGACAAUGCUAUCAAUAAUGGCAUUAGCUUGAGCGGAGAAGGUCUUUGCUUCAAGCUGUUCUACAUCAAGCCUGACAGUUACUCUGGGACUCUGAAGAAGGGGCAGAAGAUCGGAACUAUGCUCCCAAUGCAGAAGGUCUAUCCUGGCAUCACUUCUCAUGUUCAUGUUCAAAUGUGUGAUAAAUCAGAUCCCACUAAAUACUUCUGAUGCUGAUGGAGCUGUUAACCACAUGCAAUCCUCAAACAACUCAGUCACUCACAUUCAGAAAUUUGCCAUUUAUAUAAUUUUUUAACCUCUUCAUGCUUUAAAGAAAUAAACAUUAAGAAUUACUUCUAAUAAUCUACUAUCUAGCACAAGUGGUCAAAUACAUUGCACAGUGCUUUGCAAUUCAACAAUAAAGUUUUGGAGACUUGU